CGCGGUUUGUAUUUCAUAAGAUUAUGAAGAUGCUGAAGAUCAGAAAACAUCAACAGCCCACUGUACGAUUGCGGAAAAUACAAGGGAAUAAAGGCAGCUAGUCAUGAAGAAGAAACGCCACAUGGGAAAUGUUGCUGAUGAUGACAGAGAGAUGAGAAGAGCUGAUUAAAAGGCAUGGCUGAGCUCAAGAUCCUAUAUCCUGGUCCUUUAAAUUGUCAGAUUGUUAACAGGGACCUCGAGUGGACUGUGCAACACGAAAAAAGUUAUUAUCCAGUAUGCACGGAUGAAGCGGCUUUAUUAAUCGAGCGCCGCUGCGAGGCUGAACCGGAGGCGCGCGCGCGAGGACAGAAUGGCUUUUCAGCACCACGGACAGAGCCUUCGCUUCUCCACCAGUGGGGAAGUGAUGAAGAACUUCACGUGUGUCAUGAUGAGGAGUUUGAAACAGGGUUUUCAGAGAUAACCGACGUCGAAAUACGCAUUCAGGACCCAGAGAGCAACUGUGAACACUUAAGCUCCUUCUGUGAUCCGGAUCUCUCUGAUGAUGAUUUUGAAGCAGAUCAGACUGAAAAGUCGGCUGAUUACGGCUUCAUUAGCGCAGUGACUUUUUUGGUGACCGGGAUGUUUCUGGUGGUUGUUUCUUACAUGAUCCCUCGUGACGUCAGAGUGAGUCCAGACAGUGUCUCAGCACGGGAAAUGGAGCGUCUGGCCAUCGAGAACGCCCGGGUAGGCGCACACCUGGACAGAUGUGUAAUUGCCGGUCUUUGUCUCCUGACUUUAGGUGGUGUAGUUCUCUCCACCUUACUCAUGAUCUCCUUGUAUAAAAGCGAGAUGGACAGACGGCAGGCUUUUGCGAGCUCUAAGCACUCAGCCAAACUCUAUGGGUCUAUUCAUUUUAGAGGUGUAGGUAAUCAAAACAGUGUACCUUCACAUCUGUCUCUGGAUGAGGAUGAUGCAAUGAUUGAAAUUUCAAGCUGAAUCCUGUAUUUCUGUAACUAUGUCUGGUAUUUGACGUUGGUUAACCCCUAAUUAUUCAGUUAUUUACAUAUAGAAUCAUAUUCGUCAGUAACUACAACAAAAUAUUCAGUAACUACAUUGAAAUUCAUAGGAAACAUAUGUAGUUAUGAGUGUGGGAUAUGUUUGUCUGGGAGAUUAACUUAUUAUUAAUUCAUUAAUUACUGUGAAUUCAGAGGUACAAUUAUGCCUCAGUUUCCCAAAUGAUCAUGAAUAAAUGGUAAGGUGAACAUCACACUGAACACUAAACUUGUUAAAAUGAUUACUCGAAAAUACUUUUGGGAAAUUGGAGCAACAGGACUAGAGAACUCCAGAAGGACAUGAACACUGUGGUAUUUUUCAAUCGUGUGUAUCACUUAACAACACCCUUGCAUGAAACAGAUCCUUAUGACAUGCUUUUUUGUUGUAACAGUUGCAUUUAUUGGUUGCAUCUAUAGCAUACAAUGUGUGAUCAAGUCAGUUUGUGCAAAUACACAUGCAGUUCUUUUUUAUAUGUAAUCUUAUGAUAGCAGUGGUGCAUUUCUUGUUGGGUAAUUUUAUAUGACAGCUUGUCAUCAUUUAAAUGCGGCAUCUCCAA